UGGCUUCACUCUCGGCGCGCGUGGUUGCCAUGGCCGCUGGGCAACGCCUCUGCUGUCCGGGUCGCGCGCGGGCCCGGCUGCGGUUGCUAUGGCCGCGGGAGGGGAAGAGGCGCACAGCCCGACGCCCCGCCCCGGCGCAGCCCCGCCUGCCCGCCCGCGCAUUUCGCCCUCCCAGCCGUCUGCGCCGCCGCUGCUCUUGCCACUGCCGCGGGGACGCAGGGCUGCGGUGGGCGCAGCUGAGGCGGGGCGCGGACCGGAGGCGAGUGGCCCGCGCCAGGCCCGAAACCCAGGCGGGGCCGGGCCGCCCCCGUCGCGCCCGCCCUCCCUCCCGGGAUGCGGCGCUGAGGCCCAGCAUGGCCGGCCCGGGCCCCACCUUCCCGCUGCACCGGCUGGUCUGGGCGAACCGGCACCGCGAACUGGAGGCCGCACUGCACAGCCGCCAGCACGACAUUGAACAGGAGGAUCCACGGGGGCGCACCCCCCUGGAACUGGCCGUGUCCCUCGGGAACCUGGAGUCCGCUAGAGUCCUGCUUCGACACAAUGCCAAUGUGGGCAAAGAGAGCUGCCAGGGUUGGGCAGUCCUGCAGGAGGCCGUCAGCACUGGGGACCCUGAGAUGGUGCAGCUGGUGCUCCAGUAUCGGGACUACCAGAGGGCCACACAGAGGCUGGCUGGAAUUCCGGAACUGCUCAACAAGCUCCGCCAGGAGGAUUUUGUCCAGCUCAGUGGAUAUGGCCUAGGCCUCUGGAAUACCUAUCUCCCCUUCUCAAAGCACACGGCCCCUGAUUUCUACGUGGAGAUGAAGUGGGAGUUCACCAGCUGGGUGCCCCUUGUGUCCAAGAUGUGUCCGAGUGACGUGUAUCGGGUAUGGAAGCGGGGUGAGAGCCUCCGGGUGGACACCAGUCUCCUGGGCUUUGAGCAUAUGACCUGGCAGCGUGGCCGGAGAAGCUUCAUCUUCAGGGGCCAGGAGGCAGGAGCCUUGGUGAUGGAAGUGGACCACGACCGGCAGGUGGUGCACACAGAGACACUGGGGCUCACCCUGCAGGAACCAGAAGCACUGCUUGCUGCCAUGCGGCCCAGUGAGGAGCAUGUGGCCAGUCGCCUCACCUCUCCUAUUGUCUCCACCCACCUGGACACUCGUAAUGUGGCUUUUGAGAGGAACAAAUGUGGUAUCUGGGGCUGGCGGUCUGAGAAGAUGGAAACCGUUAGCGGCUACGAGGCCAAGGUGUAUAGUGCCACCAAUGUGGAGCUGGUGACACGCACACGUACGGAGCAUCUUUCUGAUCAGGACAAGUCGAGGAGCAAAGAAAACUCCCAGUGGAGGGGGGCAUUCUGGGACAGUGGGCCAAAGUCUGCUCAUGAGCUCCCACCCCUUCUCCUCAGGGGGGAAGACUCCGUUCCAGUCCUUCCUCGGGAUGGCACAGCAGCACUCCUCCCACAGUGGGCUAUUUCCCCCAACGAAUACUUCGACCCCAACUUCAACCUGGAGUCGAGGAACAUCGGCCGCCCCAUUGAAAUGUCCAGCAAAGUACAGAGGUUCAAGGCAACACUGUGGCUGAGUGAGGAGCAUCCCCUCUCCCUGGGUGACCAGGUGACGCCCAUCAUUGACCUGAUGGCCAUCAGCAACGCUCACUUUGCCAAGCUGCGUGACUUCAUUACCCUACGCCUCCCGCCUGGCUUCCCAGUCAAGAUCGAGAUUCCCCUUUUCCACGUGCUAAACGCCCGCAUCACCUUCAGCAACCUGUGUGGCUGUGACGAGCCCUUGAGCUCCGUGUGGGUACCGGCCCCCAGCUCUGGCCCUGCUGUCACAGCCUCAGGGAGCCCUUUCCCGUGCGAGGUGGACCCCGCUGUGUUUGAGGUCCCUGAGGGAUACAGUGUGCUGGGCACAGAGCGCAGUGAGCCCCUUCGUGAUGAAGACGACGAUCUGCUGCAGUUUGCCAUCCAACAGAGCCUGCUUGAGGCUGGCACAGAGGCGGAGCAGGUGACCAUCUGGGAAGCCCUGACCAACACCCGGCCUGGCACCCACCCUCCUCCCCAAGCCACGGCCUAUGAGGAGCAGCUUCAGCUGGAGCGGGCCCUCCAGGAGAGCCUGCGGACGUCCUCGGAGCCCAGGGGCCCGGGAUCCCCUCAUAGGACACCCCUGGCCCCAGCCCCCCCAAGCUUCGAGGAGCAGCUGCGCCUGGCCCUGGAGUUGUCUUCGCAGGAGCAGGAGGAACGCGAGCGACGGGGGCAGCAGGAGGAGGAGGACUUGCAGAGGGUCCUGCGGCUCUCGCUCACCGAGCACUGAGAGUGGCCCUGGGCCCCGGGGGGCCGUCCGGGCUGGGCCCCCACCUGUUUUGUAACUUAUUUAUUACAAACUCUCUGCUGCUGAGCUUGGGGCCUGGAGCCCUGGGGGUGGUCUUGCACUGGAGACCAAAAUGGAAAUAAAGAGACUUUCAGCAGCA